UCUCUUGUGUUAAGUCGUGUGCCUAAAAGCAGCGUUGAUUAUAUCAUUCGUUAAAAUUAAUACGCAAUAAGCUUCGGUUCUAGAACGAGCCGAAAAUGCCGGGUUUUAGUAGCGUUGGCACAUUUAAAAUUUUCAUCGGUAAUUUAGCCGAUAAGACAUCAAAUGCUGACAUUAAACCAUUGUUUGAAAAAUAUGGGAAGGUUGUAGAAUGUGACGUGGUCAAAAAUUAUGGAUUUGUGCAUAUGGAAAAUGAAGAAGCAGGGAGGAAUGCAAUACAAAAUUUGAAUGGACAUAUAGUCCAUGGGCAGCCAAUUAAAUGCGAGGCUGCAAAGAGUCGUAAAGGCCCCAAUACCCCAACAACAAAAAUAUUUGUUGGCAAUCUCACAGAUAAUACAAAAGCACCCCAAGUGCGCGAACUCUUUGCCAAAUAUGGCACAGUUGUAGAAUGUGAUAUUGUCAGAAAUUAUGGAUUCGUACAUCUAGAAGCAACAGGUGAUGUCAACGAUGCCAUCAAGGAACUGAAUGGACAAAUGGUGGAUGGUCAGCCGAUGAAGGUUCAAAUUUCUACAAGCAGAGUACGACAAAGGCCAGGAAUGGGAGAUCCUGAACAGUGCUACCGAUGCGGUCGCGGCGGCCAUUGGUCCAAGGAAUGCCCGAAAGGAGGAAUGGGAGGAGGUCCGGAUAGAAAUGGAUACAGAGACCGAAUGUUUGGACGCGACCCGUAUCCUCCACCGCCGCCACCACCGUUCCUUCGGGAUCGGUUAAUGGGUGGUGGCCGCUUUGGAGAUUACGAAAGCUACUAUGACAGGAGAGGCUUCGAGGACACCAGGGAUCUCUACGAGAGGCGGUUUACGGGUAUGGGAUCCAUGCGCGACACUGGCUUCUCCCGUGGUAACGAGUAUGGCAUGUUCAGCCGCCGAUCACCCCCCCCGAGUGGCAACAAUGGCCGGUUCAGCGCUCCUUAUUACUUACAUCACUCAACCGGGAGUGGCGCGGAGGCCUGGGAUGAAGAAACGUUCCUAAGGAAUGCGAACUAGAUUUCUUGAUCGCACUACCGCGAGCCAGGAUGCGAUCCUACAAUUCUAACAAACUCUCGUACGUUGUAGAUAGAAAAGAGGAAAAAAAAAAAAGAAAAAAAAAAUAAAAUAAAAGGGCUGGCGCGAUUAUCAGGAACGGCGCCUAUCAAUUGUCUUUGAAAUGUCUCGUAAGUAGAAACCAGCUUUCCAGACGCAUUGGACAGUAAGUUUGUAUAUCGGCGUUUCUAAUAGUUGUUAAGGCCAGUUUCAUAGAUACGCUUCGGAAACAAUCUAUCACUCGUGUAUAUCAGUUUCAAUAUAUCCUUGAUUCAAACUAAUUUCGACAACUUUUCAAUCGUAAUUUUUCGAUAGUCAAUAAACUUGGGUAAUGUAAUUUGUGAAACGUAUUUUGGAAAGAAAUUGCGAGCAACGUUCGAGAUAGUUAUACGUUAGAUGAAAAGAAAAAAAAACGUGAAAGAAGGGAGAAACAAGUUGUGGUGCUUACAUUUAUGUUUCAAAGUAUCAGAAAAAGUGUGCAAAUAUUCAAGUAAUUCGUUUUUUUGUUAGUUAUAGUAAAAAAUUUGUUUCCUCACAUCAUUGGUACUGAAAUUACACGUAAAUUCGUUUUCUUUUAAUUUUUUUCUUACCUCUAAUUUUAGUUACGCGUGAAGUCUUAAUAAUCUUAAUUUUAGUGUAAUUACACAUCACUGUCAUUGAAAUAUAAGGACAAACAGUUGUGUUAAUUAAUUUAAAACUUGCAUUUCGAAUCAAAUGAUAAUAUUGAGUUAUCCGUGGAAAUUUCAUGAAACCCCGGCCCUUUGUAUCACUAUAUCAAUGCGAAGAGAUGUAUUAAAAAAAACUAUGAAAAUGCGCGUGUACACACAAUAUACACACCUCUCUCUGCAUACGUGCACAUGUACACGUAUAUACAUGAACAAAUACACAUAAAUUUAUGCAAAGAGAGCGAGGGAGAGAAAGAGAGGAGAAAGUGCGUGCGCGCGCGUGC